AUGAUGGCAAAAGUGAAAUUUCUGGAUUGGUAUUUGAAGAUCGCGAUUGGGUCGGCUAUAAUCGGCGGAGGCAUGGAAUUCUUCAUGAUCAAGACUGGUUUCUACGACAAGGUUACUGUAAUAGAAGCAGAGAAACGGGCGUUUGAAAAUUCUCCUGAAGCUCAAGCAAUGAGAGAAGCUCUUAAUCCUUGGAGAAACAAGGACGCAAAAACAAGCAAGAGUCCAUAA